AUGGCAUUUGGACUCAGGACAAAGAGCUUUGGGUUCAUAGAAGGAGAGGCUCAGUUUGUGGAUGCAUUCCAACUGUGGAACAAGAUUGAUGGCUCGGAUCAAUGGGAGAAAGGCACUUACUAUGCCCUUUGUGCAGCUUAUACGUUGGUCUCCUUCAUUGCCCUGGUACAACUGGUGCGAAUUCAAAUGAGGGUACCUGAAUAUGGGUGGACGACGCAGAAGGUUUUCCACUUGAUGAACAUUGUUGUGAAUGGAGUGAGGGCUGUCCUUUUCGGUUUAUACAAAAAUGUUUUUGCAAUUAGACCAAAGGCACUAGAGCAGGUGAUAAUGGAGCUUCCUGGUCUUCUGUUUUUUUCCACUUAUACACUGCUUGUCUUGUUCUGGGCUGAGAUAUAUCACCAGGCAAGAAGUGAACCGGCACAGAAACUUAGGCCUGCUUAUUUUAUUAUCAAUGGUUUUAUUUACUUGAUACAGAUCUGCCUCUGGAUUUACAUGAGUGCAAGCAAAACUGCCACCGGUUUGGAAGCUGCAAAACUCUUCCUUUCAGUUAUAUCAUUCUUUGCUGCUCUUGGAUUUUUGGUGUAUGGUGGAAGGUUGUUUUUCUUGUUGAGGCGCUUCCCCAUUGAAUCCAGAGGCCGUCAAAAGAAACUUUACGAGGUGGGGGCUGUUACAAGUAUUUGUUGCACUUGUUUCCUGAUAAGAUGUGCUAUGCUUGCAUUUUCUGCUUUUGAUUCGGAUUCAGAUCUUGAUGUCUUGGACCAUGCCAUUCUUAACCUAGUGUACUAUUUGAUGGUAGAGAUUGCUCCGUCAGCGUUGGUGCUCUUCAUACUGCGAAAGCUGCCCCCAAGACGAGUUUCUGAUCAGUACCACCCCAUUAGAUGA